AAUAAAAUUCCUACAAACAAAACCAGAAACAAAAACAAGGUACAGAAAUUUCCUGAUUGAAAGCUGAAACUCUCUGCUAGUUUUUCCCGCCAAAGAAGAAAAACCAAAAGAAUUAAAAUCAGAUGUUUUGUUAUUCUCCGUUUCACCAUUCACCUCCUUUAAUCACCAAAUGGAAACCACAGCUUUUGUUCUUUAAACCCAACUUCAAAUCCCAGUUUUCCCCUCUUAAUUUCUACCCAAACCAAAACUUUCCUCACUUUUUCACCAAAAGAAUUUCUGGGUAUCCAAUAAAAUCCCCUGCUUUUUCUUCUUCUUUGGAGGAUGAGUUCGACGUGGAAUUAGGCCGUCUUUUGUCUUUGUUGCCAGAGGAGAUGAGAAGGAGAAUCAGGGAACAUGAAGAGUUAAGAGAGUUGAUUGAAGUGGUUAUGGAUAUAGGGAGGAAACCUUUGGCUAGGUUCCCUUCAGGGGAUUUUGUAUUAUCUGAUUGUCCAAUCACGGUUCAAGAUAUCGAGCAUGCUACUUCUCAGGUUGGGGACUUUGCCAUUGAUAAUCGAGCAGGCAUCAGCCGAACAUUACAUCGCAUUAGUGCAAUCAGGAAUCGAAAAGGCACAAUUAUUGGUUUAACUUGUCGUGUUGGUCGGGCAAUAUCAGGCAGUGCUGAUUUAUUGAGAGAUUUAGUUCAAGAUGGGGCUUCUUUACUGCUCAUUGGUCCUCCGGGGGUGGGAAAAACAACAAUCAUUAGGGAUAUAGCGAGGAUGCUUGCAAAUGAUUACAAGAAACGUGUGAUGAUUGUUGACACCUCCAAUGAGAUAGGUGGCGAUGGUGAUAUACCGCAUGCUGGAAUUGGUUGUGCACGGAGAAUGCAAGUCCCUGACUCUGAUAUGCAACAUAAGGUAUUGAUAGAAGCAGUUGAAAAUCAUAUGCCACAAGUUAUCGUGAUUGAUGAAAUUGGGACAAAACUGGAGGCAAUGGCCGCAUGCACAAUUGCACAACGUGGAAUUCAGCUAGUUGCCACUGCUCAUGGAGUAACCAUUGAGAAUUUGAUUAUGAAUCCUUCUUUGGAGAUCCUUAUUGGUGGAAUACAGAGUGUGACUCUAGGGGAUGAAGAAGCGAACCGUAGGGGUGUCCAGAAGACUGUGCUGGAGAGGAAAGGACCAUCGACAUUUAGUUGUGGUGUAGAGAUUGUUUCUAAGACUGAGUUACGUGUUCACCGUUGCCUUGAAGCAACAGUUGAUGCUGUUCUUGCAGGUCGUUUUCCACGCAUUGAAAUCCGCAAGAUGAACUCUCUGGGGCUGGAAGAGAGCUCACUGACUUUUACUGAUAUCAGCUCUGACAAAGAGGAUUUAGUAGUCACUGGAGAUCUUUCAGAGACUAGUGACGAGAAUAGUACCGGUAACCAUUUCCCUUCUGAUCUUUCUUCAAAAAUGGCUGACGAUUCAACGGAAGACAGGGAUUUACUUCAUAUGUAUGUCUAUGGGAUCCAGGAGGCAAGCGUGAUACAAGGACUUAAGAAGUUAAAGAUGGAUGCUGCAGUUCAAUUAACUGAUAAUAUAAGUGAGGCAGGUGUGCUGUUUGCUGUGCUUUCGAAGCUCCGAAAGAACUCUGGGAUUCAGGCUGCAGCUAAAUCUCAUAAGAUACCUGUCUAUGUGGCGAAGACAAGCUCAUCAAUGCAGAUCACAAAGGCCUUAGAGGCAUUAAAAGAUGAUUAUCCCUACGGAUUGAAGAACCCUGGAUCAGAAAAUGAUAUGAAUAUUUUGGAGAAGGUUGAUGCCUUAGAGGAGGCAAGAAUAGCCAUCGAACAGGUAGUAAUCCCAAAAGAGGAACCUGCGGAACUACUUCCAAGGCCAACCCAGAUUAUAUCUCUACAAACAGAGCUCAUUGAGAAAUACCAACUACAAUCAGAGAAAAUCGGCAAAGGUUCAGAUGUACGCUUACGGAUCCUCCCAUUUAAACUGGUAAAAGAUGAGGACAAAAGCUCCGGUGAAGAUGCCAAUGCGAAUGAUUUUGAAAAUUUCGAGCCCUACGGUGCAAAUGGUUCUCCUCACGGUGUGGACAGGUUACCUCUUCUGCCUGAUUAGUCAUCACUGUGUUGUACAUAGAAUAUUGUCACAUUUGUGGUAGUAAACUUUAUAGAAAUCUCACAAGUCCUUGCAUGGGGAUUGUGGCCUAUGUUGCUUUGCAUUUGCUGGUUCUUGUUGGAUGUUUCAGCAUCAGAAUUCUGUCAAAUAGUGUCUGCAGAUUGGGAUCAACAAGGCUGUUUGAUUUCUCUGAUGAAUCCUAGAAUAUGUAAUUUUUCAUCUUUGAUAAGCUGUAAUGAUUGAAAUAUAGUGACAGGGGUUGAUUA